GUCGGGACGUGGCGGCCCCGCCUCAGGCCCUGCCCCGCGCCGCAGCCAUGGCGGAGCAGGUCCUGGUCACCGGCGGCGCCGGCUACAUCGGCAGCCACUGCGUGCUGCAGCUGGCCGAGGCGGGGUACGCGCCCGUCGUGGUGGACAACCUGCACAACGCCAUCCGAGGCCCGGACGCGCUCCCCGAGAGCCUGCGCCGCGUGCAGCUCCUCGCCCGGCGCCCCAUCGCCUUCCACGAGCUCGAUGUCACCGACGGGGCCGCGCUGCGGGAGCUCUUCGGCAAGCACCGCUUCUCGGCCGUGGUGCACUUCGCGGGGCUGAAGGCCGUGGGCGAGUCCGUGCGGCAGCCCCUGGAGUACGACCGGGUGAACCUCACCGGGACCAUCCGCCUGCUGGAGGCCAUGAAAGCCCACGGCGUGAAGAACAUCGUGUUCAGCAGCUCCGCCACCGUCUACGGGGACCCCAAGUACCUGCCGCUGGAUGAGAACCACCCGGUCGGAGGCUGCACCAACCCCUACGGCAAAUCCAAGUACUUCAUCGAGGAGAUGAUUCGAGAUCUUUGCAAGGCAGAGAAGGACUGGAACGCCGUUCUCCUGCGCUACUUCAACCCUAUCGGUGCCCACGAGUCCGGCAUGAUCGGAGAAGAUCCUCAGGGCAUCCCAAACAACCUCAUGCCCUACGUGGCGCAGGUGGCAGUGGGGCGCCGGGAGUUCCUGAGCGUGUUUGGGAACGACUACGAGACGAUCGACGGAACCGGUGUCAGGGAUUACAUCCACGUCGUGGAUUUGGCCAAGGGCCAUAUCGCCGCUCUGAAGAAGCUCAAGGAGAACUGCGGCUGCAAGAUCUACAACCUCGGCACCGGCACCGGCUACUCGGUCCUGCAGAUGGUCCGUGCCAUGGAGAAAGCCUCAGGGAGGGAGAUCAAGUACAAGUUCACGGGCCGGCGGGAGGGAGAUGUGGCCUCUUGUUACGCCAACCCCGAGCUAGCUGAGCGUGAGCUGGGCUGGAAAGCUGCCUUUGGCCUGGACAAGAUGUGCGAGGACCUGUGGCGGUGGCAGCUGCAGAACCCCACGGGCUUCAGCAAGAACUGAGCCCUGCCCUGGGGCUCGCCCGCCGGCCGAGGCUGCGCCCAGCCCAGGUGCGGGUCCUGCCCCCCCCCGCCCACCUCACGCCCGGGGCAGGAGCGGCCGCGGGCUCCCCCCUCCUCCUCCUCCCAGGUCCUCAGCACCUCACAGAGCAGCGCCACCACGACGAGGCAGCCAGGGCCCAGCCUCGGCACCCAGGGCACCAAAUCCCCUCGUGGAAACGUCCGGGGGCUCUUGCGAGCCCCAGCAAGGAGGAGGUGCUGGGCUGGGAGCUGCAGCCACGGCCGAGGCUGCUCCUGGGCCCUCCCAAGUGCCCCAGAAAGCCGCCUCCCUUGUUCAAAGGGGUGAGUCUCGCUGAGGAAGCUGCCCCUUCGCUGCUGCCUCAGUCCCGGGGAGGCUUCUGGGCCCCGAGGGCAAGAGGCGAGGGCAGGGCGGUGCUGCCCAGCACCUCUGUCGUGGCCUCGGGCCCCAGGUGUCCCUCUGUCAGCCCCAGGGGGCCACCACGGGGUCUUCCCUCCAGCCCCGGGGACUGGGCCCUGCUGGCUGCCGGGGGCCUCCCCCGCCUCCUUCCUGCCCUCCCCAGUGGCCCUGGGGCCCAGGUCUCGCCUCCCGUGUGUGCUGGUGGGGCCGGAGGAGCCCCUGCCCAGGGCUGUGGGGGGCUCAGGUGUCUGCUCCUGCUUCUGUGGGGCCUGAGCAGCCGCUUCUGUAAUCACGCUGCCAAAGGCUGCCCAGGAGAAGGCUCUGCUCCGCUGCCAAAUCCGGAUCCUAUUUAUUACGGCAGCGACACCGGCUGCGUUAGGCAGAGGCUGCGGCCAGCCCGGUGCGCUGUCCCUUAGAUUGAUAACUUAAGUUAAAUUAUGACUCGAGCUUUUGAUUUGUUUCUAAAUAAACGUUCUUACUUUC